CAUUACAAAUCAACAUUAGAAGUAUUCCGUCUUACCCCGAGUGAAUUUAACAAAAGUCUUGAUGAAUUGGUGAUGUUUUUAGCCCAGGUAUAAAAAACACGUAAUCAAGUUGGAUAACUACUAAUAAUAUAAGCUUACAAUAAUAUUAUUUAUAAUUUAUUUAAUCAUCAUAAUUAUAAGCACUGAUUAAAAAAAAAAAAAUGGAAGACUGCCUAAAGCAUAUGCGUAAAAAUAUUAUCUGCCGAGAUAAAAUAAUAAGUAAAUUAUAUUCACUGAUUGGCAAUAGCGAUGAACCAAUGCCGCAAAAUUUAUUUAUUUACGGUCAUUUGUCAACUGGAAAGUCACUUGUCAUUGAAUCUCUAUUAAAAUAUAUUAAUUACAGACACUCGAUAAUUAAUUGCAUUGAACAUCCGAGUAGCAAAAGUUUAUUCGAGUAUAUUUUAAAUGAUAUUAAUAAUUACAAGGAUAAUAAAUCAUUAGAUGAUUUAAAAAACAAUUAUAAGUGCGAUAACUUUAUGCAGUUUAUUGAUCAUCUUAAAAUAAUACAAUCGAACAAUUAUGAUAAUUAUGGCAAUAGUCCGAUAGUUAUAGUAUUAGAUAAAUGUGAGGGUUUACGUGACAUGGAUUCAAAUUUACUACCGGGAUUUUUACGUCUUAAUGAGCUAACAAAAUUAAAUAUUAUGACAGUUCUAAUAAGCGACAUUGUUUGGGAUAAAUAUUUUAUAAAAACAGGAAUUAUUGAACCGCUUAAAAUAUUUUUUACUCAGUAUACAUUUGAAGAAAUAGCUGAAAUUUUGUAUCUCUACCGUCCUGAUAAUUACAGAAGUGAAACAUUUUAUAAAAAUUAUAUUAAUUUAUUUUUAUCUGUAUUCUUUCGCUAUUGUCGUGACAUAAAUGAGCUUCGUUACAUGGCAAUAUUAAAUUACAAAAAAUAUAUCGAGCCAAUAAAUUUAGGACUGUGCAAGGAUACCGAUGUAACAACACUCUGGCGUAAUAUAUCUAGUACACUGAAAGCUAAUUUAGAAGUUAUAUAUUUACGAGUGUCAACAGACGACUUUACAGAACGUACUCAGCUCUCGCAGGAAAUAGAAUCAACUACUAAAUUAGCUUUGAGUUUUGAAUUGCCAUUUUACGCAAAAUUUAUGUUGAUAGCCGCUUAUUUGGCUUCUUACAAUCCGCCGAAAGAAGACAAACGUUUGUUUGUUAAAGCAAGUGAUAAAAAAAAGAAACGUCCUACUAUUAAUAUGAAAAAACGUAUCACCAUGUUCACACAUAUUGGGCCACGUACUUUUCCAUUAGACCGUAUGCUGGCUAUUUUCUGUGCUAUUUCUGAAGAAAAAAUAGAUAUCAGUGCCAACUUGCUUGCUCAGAUACCGACAAUGUGUCAGUUGGGUUUAUUGACGACUGUAGGAGAUAAUAAUUUAGAUGAACCUAAAUUCAAAUGCUGCGUCAAUUAUGAUUUUAUCACAGUUAUUUCGAAAAAAGUCGGAUUUAAUGUCAAAAAUUAUUUGUAUGAUUUCAUUCAUUAAUUUAUUUAUGCCUCAUUCAUUUUAUUUUAUAUAUUUCUUAUUUAAAUAAAUGCUUUGUAUUUAAUCAUUUAUUUAUUUAUAAUU